GGUGACGCCUCCCUUUAUUAGAAGUGUAGUGUUGAAAGUGUUUGAGUUGUUGUGGGGGGAGUUUGUCCUAUCUGUGUCGACCAUAUGAAUGAAUGUUCAGGGUGUGGUUUAUCACUUCUCUGUAGUGUCAGUCGUUUGCUUCUCUCUGUGUAAGUGAACGUGUUUAAACUGUUGCGUGUUGUCUGUUGAGUAUGAAGCAGUUCAGAUUUCUGCAGACUGGAUGUUCUCUGAGGAGAUCUUCAGACAGAAUGAGAGCGUCGCUUCUCAUUCUCAUAGGUGAAGAGAAUUAAAUGUGUGUACAUGUCAUCUGUUGACAGAUCUCUUGUCAUGUUGUGUGUGUGUGUGUGUGUGUGUGUGUUUAGCAGGUGUUUCUGUCUGGUGUCCAGUGGCAGGUAACAGACUUUACCAUCUCACUAUUAUCUCACAGUUCACCCAACAACCAUUUCUUCACCCUCACGUCAUGUCAAACCUGUAAAGACUCACACACAGAUUGAGAAAGAAUGCCUGUCAGAAUUGUAGUUUUUGGGUGAACUGGUCACUUUAAAGCAGAGUUCUGGAUGUCAUUGCUCUGUUGAUCUGCGGAUGUUCUCACGUCAGGUGUUCGGCUUGAUAAACCUCAUCUUUCUGGUCCUUCCACCGCAUUAGAAGGUUCAGUGGAGGACUUCACCUGCAAAAUGCCCUGGACUCCCACAAACGUGUCUGUGGUCCUCAAGCUUUACGCUGAGGGGAAUCUGAACAAGUCCAUUGGUUAUCACACUGUACUCUUUGAAGAACUGGCAGUAUUCCCUCUGGUGGUCAAUGAGAAACAUGACGGACGACUCAUCUGUGAAGCCAGCGGGAACAAUAACACGGAGAUCGAACACACGUUCAGUGACAGCCUGGACCUUCAAGUCAUAUCUCCGGUGGAGGGUGCCACGAUCGUCUCUCAUCUGUCCAGCAAUGACCUGUGGGUGGGACGGACUUUAACCCUGCGAUGUGACAUCACUAGAGGAACACACGUCUCUUAUGAUUGGCUCAAGGAUGGAUCCCCGCUUCACAGCAGUCUGCGCACGUCCAGACUGACCAUUCCCUCUCUCUCUCUUCAUCACACGGGAGAUUAUCAGUGUGUCGCAUCAAACCGGUUAAACGACACCACCGUGUAUAACUCCAGCAGUGAUGUCAUAUCCGUACAGGUCAAAGAACACAUAUCAAAGCCUGAGAUCUCUCUGGAUGUUGUGAAGAGUGCCGCGGGAGAUUUGACAGCGAUCGUCAGGUGUCGGUGUGAUACAGGAACGCCUCUCAAUACCUUCAGUCUGUUGAAUGACACAGACAUCAUCGCCGUGGAAACCACGGACAGACUUCAGGCUCUCUUUAACGUGUCCAUUCAGCUCAAUCGAGACAUGGGCUGGGUGCGAUGUAACGCCAGUAACCACGGCAACUGGAUGCUGAGCAACGCAAAGAGUCUGAGCGUGGAGUCUGUAGGUGGCGCUGUGACGGUGACGCUCUUCAAACACGUGGCUGUAGACUUUCAGGUGUUUGGUGUGGUGAUGCGCUGUCAGGUGGAGCGAGGAACGUUUCCUCAGUAUCACUGGUAUCUGAAUAACAGCAGACUGGAGGGCAGAGGGUCUUUCUACGCUGUGGGUGGGACACACAACUCGUCUCUCUCUCUGUCUGUGGGUCCACACAGCUCCGGCUUCUAUCACUGUCAUGCUUCGGACACAUUCGACAACGCCAACACAGUCAGAAGUCUGAAGAUACCGAUCAACAGAGACGCGCUGAACAGAGUCUCCACUUCAGUGCUGGUUGUUGUUUUCUCGUGUUUGAUUCUGCUGGUGGUCUCUGUCACCUCCUGCUGUGUUUCUGGAGCUGUCUUAAGGAGAAGAUAUUCCAGGAAAUAUCUAGCGGGAGAAACAGACGUCACAUCUACACAUGAGGAUGAAGAUGAUGAACAAGAUUUUCUACUGCUGUCGGGUUAUGAGGAGGAUGUCAUCCACGCUGAAAGAACGAGUGAUCUUCAUUCUGAGGAGGACGAGUCGUCGGUCGAUGAAACCGUCCUGUAUGAUGGAGCUGUCUCAAAAUAAUGUCACACUAAUGAAUCUUUUUUUGUCUGA